CUGGGGUCACCAUAAAUUGGAAUCAACUUGAAGGCAACGGUUUGGCUUUCAGGUUUGUAAAAAGUGAGCAGAGACUCAAGCAUGUUUUCCAUGCUUCCAAAUACCACUCUACUACUGCUACUACUUGCAUCCCACUGCUUGCAACUCUUCGCACUUUCACUUUAAUAGUGAGCUUCACUUGUCUAUAGUGGAUUUUGUCCCCUCUUCUGUAAAGGCUGCAGAAGACCUGUAGCUGCAACAGGACCCUCCUUAGAGCCUGGAGGAGAAGACACCCCCAGCCCAGUCCUCGCCAUGCUCCGAGUGGUUCUAGAAGCUCCCCAGCGGUUGCUGAAGGAGGGGAGAGGGUCCCGGCAGCUGGUGCUGCUGGUGGUGUUCAUUGCUCUGCUGCUGGACAACAUGCUGCUGACUGUGGUGGUGCCCAUUGUGCCCACCUUCCUAUACGCCACAGAGUUCAGACAAGUCAACGCUUCUCAGUACCUGGGCCCUGCCGUGGCUUCCCAGCAUGGCCUCACCUCGUCUACCUUUUCUACCAUCUUCUCCUUCUUUGACAAUAACACCAUGGCUAUUGAAGAAAGUGCGCCCUGUGGCACAGUGCAGAUGAAUGACACUUCUGGCACCAUCCCCCCUCCAGUCACUGAAGCCAUCUCAGUGCAUAAAAACAACUGCUUGCAAGGCACAGAGUUCUUAAAGGAUGAGAACAUACGAGUCGGGUUUCUGUUUGCUUCAAAGGCUCUGAUGCAACUUCUGAUCAACCCGUUUGUGGGGCCUCUCACCAACAGGAUUGGAUAUCACAUUCCCAUGUUUGCUGGCUUUGUUAUCAUGUUCUUCUCCACAAUUAUGUUUGCUUUUUCUGGCACCUAUUCUCUGCUUUUUGUAGCCCGAACUCUUCAAGGCAUUGGAUCUUCAUUUUCAUCUGUUGCAGGUCUUGGAAUGCUGGCAAGUGUCUACACGGAUGACUAUGAGCGGGGGCGUGCCAUGGGAAUAGCCUUGGGAGGCCUGGCUUUGGGAGUGCUGGUGGGUGCACCCUUUGGAAGUGUGAUGUAUGAGUUUGUUGGGAAGUCUGCUCCCUUCCUCAUCUUGGCCUUCUUGGCAGUACUGGACGGAGCACUACAGUUCUGCAUCCUACAGCCUUCAAAAGUCUCUCCUGAGAGUGUCAAGGGGACCCCGCUUUUCACACUUCUCAAAGACCCUUAUAUCCUGGUGGCUGCAGGCUCCCUCUGCUUUGCCAACAUGGGAGUGGCCAUGCUGGAGCCCACUCUGCCCAUCUGGAUGAUGCAGACCAUGUGCUCUUCCGAAUGGCAGCUGGGUCUGGCUUUCUUGCCUGGCAGUCUGUCCUACCUCAUUGGCACCAACCUCUUUGGUGUGUUGGCCAACAAGAUGGGCCGGUGGCUGUCCUCUCUGGUUGGGAUGGUGGUAGUAGGUACCAGCUUGCUCUGUGUUCCUCUGGCUCACAAUAUUUCUGGCCUCAUUGGUCCCAUUGCAGGGCUUGGCUUUGCCAUAGGCAUGGUGGAUUCCUCUAUCAUGCCCAUCAUGGGACACCUGGUAGACCUGCGCCACACCUCCGUGUAUGGGAAUGUCUAUGCCAUUGCUGACGUGGCUUUUUGCAUGGGCUUUGCAAUAGGCCCAUCCACUGGGGGUGCCAUUGUGCGGGCCAUUGGCUUUCCCUGGCUCAUGGUCAUCAUUGGGGUCGUCAAUAUCGUCUAUGCUCCUCUCUGCUACUACCUGCGGAGUCCUCCAGCCAGGGAGGAGAAGCUUGCAAUUCUGAGCCAGGACUGUCCCAUGGAGACCCGGAUGUACGCAACCCGAAAGCCCACAAAGGAAUUUCCACUGGGGGAGGACAGCGACGAGGAGCCUGGCAGUGAGGAGUAGCAGCGAUUCCUGAGCCUUGGCAUGUGUGAGGCUCUGACCCCAUAACCACCUCUGCACUGGAACCACACCAACAUGGGCUGCUCAACUGGCUUCACUUCUCUCUCCCCUGGGAAUCUUUCCUCCCCUCCCACGGGUACCAUCCCCGGUUUGCACCUCACCUGUGUAACCAUGGCUGACCCUCUAAUCCUUGAUGCCUGAGCUGGCCUGUCUCUUGUGGGAGGACAGGCUGCUGUGAGGCUGAUUAAACCUGAGCUGUGACGAGUUUUUGCAAGGGGUGACUCAUUUCCUGGAGGCUGCAGUGAGUACGGUGUGCCUCUGGGAG